AUGGCAGAAGUAGUGAGCAACAAGCAGGUCAUUUUGAGGGACUACGUGUCCGGUACUCCAGUAGAGUCAGCCAUGUUGAUCACCACUAGUACCAUAAGAUUGCAACUUCCACAGGGCUCCAACGCAUUUUUGCUCAAAACCUCUACUUGUCCUCCUAUUAACGGAUAUGGUGUGUGCAAAGUUGUGGAUUCUGGAGAUAGUGGGUUCAAGAAAGAUGAGUUGGUUUGGGGUUUAGCGAGAUGGGAAGAGUACAGUCUCAUCACAGACCCCGAAAGCCAUGCUUUUAUCAAAAUCCACCACACUGAUGUGCCUUUCUCCUACUACACUGGGGUUCUUGGUGAGUUAGACUACGUUGUUUAA